GUGGUGCAGGAAGAGCUGGACGCCCUCCUGGAACAGCAGAGCACUAUAGAGAACAAGAUGGUUGCACUUCAUCGCAUGGGCCCUAAUUUGCAGCUCAUCGAGGGGGAUGCCCAGCAGUUGGCGGGGAUGAUCACCUUCACCUGUAACCUGGCCGAGAACGUCAGCAGUAAAGUCCGCCAGCUUGACCUUGCCAAGAAUCGACUCUAUCAGGCCAUCCAGAGAGCUGAUGACAUCCUUGACCUGAAGUUCUGCAUGGAUGGAGUUCAAACAGCCCUGCGAAAUGAAGACUAUGAACAAGCAGCAGCUCAUAUCCAUCGCUAUCUGUCUCUGGACAAAUCAGUGAUUGAGCUCAGUCGUCAGGGCAAGGAAGGGGGGAUAAUUGAUGCCAACCUGAAGCUCCUACAAGAAGCAGAGCAGCGCCUGAAGACAAUUGUCACAGAGAAAUUUGACACAGCUAUGAAGCAGGGAGACCUGCCCCAAGUGGAACGGUUCUUCAAGAUCUUCCCUCUGCUAGGCUUACAUGAAGAGGGGCUGAGCAAGUUCUCAGAGUACCUCUGCAAGCAGGUGGCCAACAAAGCAGAGGAGAACCUGCAGCUGGUGAUGGGGACAGACAUGAGUGACCGUCGAGCUGCCGUCAUCUUUGCAGACACCCUGACACUCCUCUUUGAAGGGAUUGCUUGCAUUGUGGAGACCCACCAACCCAUUGUGGAGACCUACUAUGGGCCAGGGAGGCUCUACACCCUCAUCAAGCACCUGCAAGUGGAGUGUGACCGGCAGGUUGAGAAAGUGGUGGACAAGUUCAUCAAAGAGAGGGACUAUCACAGGCAGUUCCAGCAAGUUCAGAACAGCAUGAUGAGAAGUUCUUCUGCAGAGAAGAUUGAACCAAGGGAACUUGACCCUAUUUUAACAGAAGUCACGCUGAUGAACGCCCGCAGUGAGCUCUACUUGAGGUUCAUCAAGAGACGAAUAACAUCCGAUUUUGAGGUGGGAGACUCCAUGGCUUCAGAGGAGGUAAAGCAAGAACAUCAAAAAUACCUGGACAAGCUCCUCAACAACUGUCUGCUGAGCCGCACCAUGCAAGAGCUCAUUGGCUACUACAUCACCAUGGAGGAAUACUUCAUGAGGGAGACUGUCAACAAGGCUGUUGCCAUGGACAGCUAUGAGAAGGGCCAGCUCACCUCCAGCAUGGUGGAUGACGUGUUUUAUAUCGUGAAGAAGUGCAUUGGGCGUGCUCUCUCCAGCUCCAGCAUAGACUGUCUCUGUGCCAUGAUCAACCACUCCACCACCGAGCUGGAGUCUGACUUCAGGGAGGUUCUGUACAACAAGCUGAAGCAGGGCUUUCCAGCCACGACCUUCCAGGACUUCCAGAGAGGGGUGACCAGUGCUGUGAACAUCAUGCACAGCAGCCUGCAGCAGGGCAAGUUCGAUACCAAAGGCAUUGAAAGCACCGACGAGGCCAAGCAGUCUUUUCUGGUGACCUUAAACAAUGUGGAAGUCUGCAGUGAAAACAUCAUGACCCUAAAGAAGACUUUGGAGAGUGACUGCAGCAAACUGCUUAGCCAAGGCUUUGGGGGUGAGCAAGCGCAAGCCAAGAUUGACAGCUGCCUCUCUGACAUGGCUGGUUCACUCUCCUCUCCCCCUCAGGAAGGUCUCAGCGAGCUGAACAGCACAGCCAUCAAACCCCAGGUGAAGCCCUGGAUCAACCUGUUCCUCUCCGUCUCCCACAACAUCGAGGAGGAAGAGUUCAGUGACUAUGAAGCUAACGAUCCCUGGGUCCAGCAGUUCAUCGUCAAUCUGGAACAGCAGAUGACAGAGUUCAAGGCUGGGCUGUCUCCAGUGAUUUACGAUACCCUCACUGGUCUCAUGACCAGUCUCAUAGCCAUCGAACUGGAGAAAGUGCUGCUCAAAUCCACCUUCAGCAGGCUCGGUGGUCUGCAGUUUGACAAGGAGCUGAGGUCUCUCAUAGCCUAUCUCACCACGGUCACCACCUGGACUAUCCGUGACAAGUUUGCCCGUCUUUCCCAGAUGGCCACCAUCCUCAAUCUGGAAAGGGUGAUGGAGAUCCUGGAUUACUGGGGCCCGAACUCUGGCCCACUCACCUGGCGCCUGACUCCGGCCGAGGUGCGGCAGGUGCUGGCUCUCCGAAUCGAUUUCCGCAGCGAGGAUAUCAAGCGGCUGCGCCUGUAGGUGAUCAGUGCCUGUGUCAGCACCACGCUGGAGGUGACAGCAGGACGGCUGCAGCCCUGGAGCCUGCCCAGCUCCUGCCCUGGG